AUGUCAUCUCCAUCUGGUUGGGUGUUGAACGCAUUGAUCAAUGACAAUGUCGAAGUGUCUUCCUCCCAAGUCCCUCUUUUUAGUAGUCAGCCAACGGAAGAAGAGACUCUUGCAGAGCGUAAGGAUAGGAGGACAUGGACGCCUAUUGAUGAUGUCGCCCUCAUUAGCGCUUGGUUAAACACAAGCAAAGACGCGAUCGUUGGCAAUGAGCAGAGAGCUGGUGCGUUCUGGAAAAGGAUUGCUGCAUACUUUGCGGCAAGUCCCAAGGUGAAAGGGUCUGAAGUGAGAGAGUCUUCUCAUUGUAAGCAGCGUUGGCAGAAGAUCAACGACCAAGUGAACAAGUUUUGUGGGGCGUAUGAAGCGGCCUGUAGAGAGAAGAGUAGCAGCCAAAAUGAAACUGAUGUUCUGAAACAUGCGCAUGAGAUCUUCUACAACAACCACAAAAAGAGGUUCACUUUUGAGCAUGCAUGGAAGGAGUUACGAAAUGAUGAGAAAUGGUGUGAACUGUCUAGUGGUAAAACCCAAGGAAAUGCUAAAAGGAGGAAGUGUGAUGAGAGUGCACAAUCAUCUAACUCUCACGCCUUUGAAACCAGCACUGGUGAAGAUGAGAAAGCAACCAUUCGUCCACCGGGUGUUAAGGCAUCAAAGGGCCAUGGUAAGAAAAAGAUGGCAGAGGGUAAGGCGGUGGAUGAGUUUCAUGGUAUGUGGAGUAUCAAAAAAAAUGAGUUGGCUGCAAAAGAGAGGCUGUAA